GGGAUGCUGGGUUUCCCCAUGGACUGACUCACACUGGAAACUCUCAGCUUCUCUAUCUAGGUCAGGCUCGCACUCGCUGAUGCUCCUCGCAGCGCUCGGCAGCCCCAGCCCCAGGCAGAGGGGCCCGGCAGCGCAUCCUGAGCGCCAGCAAGACUAUGCCACGUGUGGGCAGUGACCACAGCCCAGGCCAUGGCGGGGUCCAGCAAGGCUUUGGCACUGCACAUCCUGCUCUGCUGCCUGUGUGCAGGGGUUGCCAACAUCAGGUGCUCGGGACACGUGUGGAUCGAGCCCGCGCCGGUGGUGCGGAUGGGCACCAACAUCUCCAUCAACUGCAUCUCCACCCUCGGCUGCCCCUGGGCCAAGUUCCGCAUCUUCUUCAACUACAGCCACGCUGAGGGGACCCUGGCCCCCCUCAACAGCAGCAGCGUCCGGCUCCGGCUGCAGGAGUUCCGGAUGCACUUUGGGAGCGUGACCUGCUUCGCCCGCUGCCCCAACACCAACAUGUACCAGCUCGUGUGCGGCACCACCGUCCUGGCCGGCUACCCUCCGGACCCCCCCAGCAACCUGACCUGCGCCAUCCAGGAGUGCUCGGAGCACAUGGCAUGCACAUGGGAUACAGGGCAGACAACCCACCUGCCCACCCAGUACACCCUGCACCUGCGCAGAGUGGGGACAGCAGUGACAGAGGAUGCUAAGGAGGAGGAGGAUGAUGAAGAGGAGGAGAAGGUCUUCCCUGCGGGCUCACUGGUACCACUGAGCACACUGCAUGGUGGGAACCACUACUCAGCAUGGGUGCAGGCCAGCAACGUGCUGGGUGCUGCCCGCUCAGCCCCUCAGCCCCUCAACCUGCAGGAGCUCGUGAUCCCCACUCUGCCCCUGGUCACCGGUGCGGAGACAACAGAGAGCCCAGCUCCCAUCACCACCAUCCACUGGAAGAGGCGGACGCUGCUGGAGGGCGUGCGCUGUGAGGAGCGGCACAAAGCCGCGGGCAGCGCUGCGUGGCAUGUGGAGGUGUGGGACAGCCCGGCCCCGCCCGGGGCCCGCUCACAGCACAGCCUGCGCAGUGACACCCAGUACGUGUUCCAGGUCCGGUGCCGGCUCAGCGCUGCCGACAGCCCCUGGAGCGCCUGGAGCUCCCCCUUCCCCUACACCACCCCCGAGGCAGCCCCCGCUGCAGCUCCCGAGGUCUGGCGGCGCCUGGGCCGGGCGUUCCCGAACGGCAGCCACGAGGUGACGGUCUUGGUCAAGCCCCUUGCACCCCAGGAUGCCCGCGGGAGGAUCCUGGGCUACUCCGUGACCGCUGAGACCCCCGUGGGAACGGUGCUGCUCUGCAACACCUCCAGCAUGGGCUGCAGCGUCCUGGUGCCCCCGGGAGCCCGCACCCUCCGGGUCACCGCGCACAACUCCAAGGGGGCUUCCAGCCCCGCCAGCAUCACCCUCACCCAGGGCAGCAACAGCCAGGAAGAGUUCCCAGCACCAGUGGCUGUGGAGGUCAAGCCUGAGAACCAGAGCAAGGUCUCGGUGGCCUGGCAGCCCCCCAGCCACAGCAGGAGGUCCCCUCUGUGGUUCAUUGUGGAAUGGGUUUCCAGCACCCCAUACAGCCUGAAGGAGCAGUACUUUUGGAAGAAAGUCCCAUACCAGGCAACACACACACACAUCCAAGCAGAGGCAGGAGGUCACAUCAAUGUGUCAGUAUACGCAGUCUACCCUGAUGGAGCCAGCAAACCCAGCUCCAGCCAAGCCCCUCCAGAAGACCAGCUCCUGGAGAGCACCUACAGCAGCACCUACAGCGAGCUCUCCCAUGAUGAUGACAUUGGACUUUUCCUGGGCCUGGGCAUCAGCGUGCUCCUAUUAUCGGUUGUUUUCUUAAUUCUGGUAUUUAAAAAAUCAGCCAGAAAAAGAAUUCAUGCCCUGGCUGUGUCAAUCCUGCCAAAAUGGCUGUUGGAAGACAUCCCCCACAUGGAAAACAGCAACAUGGUGAAGUUGCUCCAGGAAAACAGUGCUUUCCUGAGUAACAGCCUCCAUGAGCCGUUUGUGGACACCAGUGACCCCGCAGUUAUGGAAGUAGAGGAGGUGCCAGCACACGAGGUGUACAAGAACAUAGUCACCAGAAGGAAUCCCAGCAGAGAGAUCCCCAAGGACGGGGAGCUCAAGGAGAGCACGGUGCCAGCUACCACCAUGCCCUUUGAGCACAUCAGUGACUACAAACCUCAGGUGUCCGAUGGGAACGCGCUGGGAUACGUAGCAGCCAAUAUUUACCAAACAGAGCCCCCAGCAUCCCUCCCAGAACCGGAGACAAACCUCUUCUUCAGAGACUACACGAGCUCCUUUCCCCACAUGUGGGAUAUGGAGGAAGGGGGACACCACGUCUGCCUGCUGGAGAAGAUCAACCUCGUCUUGAACAACAGCCAGAGUGGGCAAAGCCACACGUUCAGCUCAACCCAGGCGGGAUGUGGCUCCCUCCUGGACAACCAGUGGGGACACACUGCAGCCAGUGAGGUUCAAGAGCAAAUGCUGGUCCCCGAUGAGCUGCUCUCCUGCCUGCGAGCCAUGAACGGGCAGCCGGUGGAUAUAAAGACCUGCUUUCCACAGAACAUCGGAAGAUUACUUUGAGAGGUGGUGCAGCUCUGUUUAAAACCCCCCAAAGCGAUGACCAUGGCACAAGUCAGCCUCGGAGACUGCAAACAGCAGUCAUAGAAUGGUUUGGGUUGGAAGGGACCUUAAAGCUCCUCCGGCUCCAACCCCUGCCACAGGCAGGGACCCCUUCCACUGGAGCAGCUUGCUCCAAGCCCCUGUGUCCAACCUGGCCUUGAACACUGCCAGGGAUGGGCCAAAACCUCCAAAUCUGAAAUUCUUGUGGCUGCUGGAAUGUUUUGGCCAGAAUAUCACAAUCGUAAACUUACAUCAUUUUGUCACAAGCAUAAACCCCAUAAAACCUGCAUUCCCAUGAGAACUGAAAUAUGAACCAGGUGAUUGCUGCAGGGUGCAAAAUGCUUCCAUUACUAUUCAAAAUCUUUCUCUUGUUAAAUCACAGAAUAGGUUUGGGUUGGAAUAUUUGGAGCAUUUCAUCCCUGGAGCUGAUUGCAGCUAAGAUGGAUAAAACCAUCCCUUAGACAUCAUGAUGGAAACGUAUGGAAUAUCUUGGGAUCACUCCUAAAGAAGCGACACUACACCAAGGAGGAUUUAUAUAUCAUACAGCACACACGGGUACCAAGAACAUGAAAUCUUUUCUUAACUCAAUUUCAUUUUCCCUCCCAUUAAGUAAUAAAGAACACAUCAGGUAAGAACAAGCCUCCAUCAUCUGCCAGGCUGAUUUAAAGUCCCUUGGAAUUAGUCACUGGACAGAUUCUCCACUAUGGGCCAGGGAUUUAUCAUCGCACAGCAGCUUGUCAGCACCUCAACCUUGCUGUGUAAAGCAUGACGUGAUGCAGUGGAAUAGCAUUAGGCACAUGGAUUUGGAUCUUCUGACACCCAGAAAAUGAAAUACAGGGGUCUCCUUAACCGAUAUAUCUAUAACCUAUCUAGAGUUGCCCACUUUAUUAUUAUGAAAUCACUUUUUUGCAGUGGAACUGCUAUAUCUGGAUAUUAGAAUCUUCCCUUCAAUUUUUGUUAGGCACUCUAUGUGUUUCUCUAACUGCUGUGGCCCAAAUGGAUUUAUUGUGUUGUCCACCCCUGGAUACCUUCCAACCAGCAUUGCUGAGCGCUGCCCUUGUUUCCUCCCAACAACCCAAGAGAUCUGAUGCUCACAUUUACAGGGUAGUAGCUACCUGGCAAGACCUCUUUAGAAGCAGCAAACCGUUUCCAAGCCAGAGAUGUGACUUUGGCAUGUAACCGAGUCUAAAAUUAGUGAGUGCUGCCUGUGCAGGAAGGAAACCGUACGAGAAGAGCCGCGGGCUGGCGGCAGCUCAGACGUGAGCUGGGGAAGGUGUUUUUUCUGUGUCCACAUCCUGAGGCUCGCGCUGCCUCCGUCAUCUCAACUACCAAACCCUGCGGGUGACAAUGCUCCUCUGGGCACUGGAGCAGCUUGCUCCAAGCCCUGUGUCCAACCUGGCCUUGAGCACUGCCAGGGAUGGGGCAGCCACAGCUUCUCUGGGCACCCUGUGCCAGCGCCUCAGCACCCUCACAGGGAAGAGCUUCUGCCUAAGAGCUCAGCUCAGUCUCCCCUCGGG